CCUCUCCACUUCCUUUUCUUUCUCUUUACUUUUCCUGUUUGGUUGCUCAGAAAAACACUUAAAACUAAAUAAAUUUUAUACUGCUUCACAAUCUAUAGUCACUCCAUUCCCAACUUGUCACUACUCUGCAAAAAUUUUCAACGCUUGCUUCUUCUUCUGCUGGCUUAGAAAUGGGAAUUAGAGAAAUAAGGAAGAAUCAAACCCUACUUUGUGCUCCUAUAAUGGCAGAAACAGUCGAUAAGAUGGUGAUUAAUAUGGAUAAGGCCAAACAAAGUGAUGCCGACCUUGUGGAGAUCCGAUUGGACAGUUUGAAGAGCUUCAAUCCUUAUGAAGAUCUCAAAACCCUGAUCAAAGAGUGUCCAUUGCCUACUCUAUUCACUUACAGACCAAAAUGGGAAGGUGGUCAGUAUGAUGGUGAUGAAAAGAAGCGAUUGGAUGCCCUUCGAUUAGCCAUGGAGUUUGGAGCUGAUUACAUUGAUGUUGAGCUUCAGGUUGCUCGUGAGUUUAAUGAAUCCAUUUUUGGAAAAAAGCCUGAAAAGUUCAAAGUCAUCGUAUCAUCUCACAAUUAUCAUGAUACUCCAUCUGUGGAGGAUCUUAGCAACCUUGUGGCAAGAAUACAAGAAGCUGGUGCUGAUAUUGUGAAGAUUGCAACAACUGCCUUGGAGAUCUCUGAUGUGGCACACAUUUUCCAAAUAACUGUGCAUUCUCAAGUAAGCAGUGUUCCAAUUAUAGCAAUUGUUAUGGGUGAGAGGGGUUUCAUCUCGCGGAUUUUAUGCCCAAAAUUUGGUGGUUUUCUCUCAUUUGGUACCAUUGAGUCGGGAGUUGUUUCAGCUCCUGGUCAACCAACAAUGAAGGAUCUGUUAACUCUAUACAACUUCAAAGAGAUAGGGCCAGAUACAAAAGUGUUUGGCAUAAUUGGGAAGCCUGUUGGCCACAGCAAAUCACCUAUUUUAUACAAUGAGGCAUUCAAGUCCGUUGGUUUUAAUGGAGUUUAUGUGCCUUUCUUGGUGGAUGACGUUGCAAAAUUUCUCCAGACUUACUCAUCCAUAGAUUUUGCUGGAUUCAGUUGUACAAUUCCUCACAAGGAGGAUGCUCUCAAGUGUUGUGAUGAGGUUGAUCCAGUUGCAAAGUCAAUAGGAGCUGUGAAUUGUGUCAUAAGGAGACCAACUGAUGGGAAGAUGUUUGGUUACAAUACUGACUAUGUUGGUGCAAUUUCUGCUAUUGAAGAUGGACUACGAGGUUCUCAUAACAUUAGCGCUACUGCUGAUUCACCCUUAGCUGGUAAGCUCUUUGUGGUCAUUGGCGCUGGAGGUGCUGGGAAGGCACUUGCAUAUGGUGCAAAAGAAAAGGGUGCACAAGUUGUGAUUGCUAAUCGCACUUAUGAUCGAGCCAGAGAGCUUGCUAAUACUAUUGGAGGAGAUGCUGUAACUCUUGCUGAUCUAGAAAAUUUCCAUCCAGUGGAUGGUAUGAUUCUUGCGAACACGACAUCUAUUGGAAUGCAACCAAAAGUUGAUGAAACACCCAUUCCUAAGCAUGCUCUGAGAUCCUACUCACUAGUUUUUGAUGCGGUUUACACUCCCAAACUUACUAGACUUUUGAGGGAAGCAGAAGAAUCUGGAGCCACAAUUGUUUCAGGGUUGGAGAUGUUCAUAGGACAGGCAUAUGAGCAGUUCGAGAGGUUCACUGGGUUGCCUGCACCCAAACAACUUUUUAGGAAAAUUAUGGCAAAUUCCUAAUGAGGUUUGUUUGGCUACACUUUACAUGCAGCUGAUUCUCAUUCCCAUGUAGCUGAAUUUGAACUUUUUUAUUUCCUAUUUUCUUGAGAAAUUUAAUGCCAGUUAGUUUCAUCUGCUGUUAAUUAUUAUACCUGAUUCCCGAAUGAUCUUAUUCAUAUUGCCUUGAUAAAGUAUCAAGGAUGUUUAUGCAAGACUUUGUGUACCACUCUCUCACUCAUUGAUUGUUGAACAAUAUGUAUUGCAAAAGUUAAUAUAGCUACACUGCUGUGUUUGUGCCAA